AUGACAUCGGAGUACUUGUUAAGGUCACUGCUGAUGUUAAUUCUGGCGCUCUUCUCUGCGAACGCAAGCAACUGGCUGUAUCUGGCAAAGCUGUCAUCUUUGGGCAGUAUCUCAGAUGAGGAGACGUGUGAGAAGCUGCGAGGUCUGAUCCAGAGACAGGUGCAGAUCUGUAAGAGGAACGUGGAGGUGAUGGAUGCUGUUCGCCGCGGUGCUCAGCUUGCCAUUGACGAGUGCCAGUUUCAGUUCCGCAACCGCCGAUGGAACUGUUCCACGCUGGAGACGGUACCGGUCUUUGGCAAAGUAGUUACACAGGGCACAAGAGAAGCAGCCUUUGUGUAUGCCAUCUCUGCUGCCAGUGUAGCCUUUGCUGUGACCAGGGCCUGCAGUAGUGGGGAACUGGAAAAGUGUGGCUGCGAUCGGAAUGUGCAUGGGGUUAGCCCAGAGGGAUUCCAGUGGUCAGGCUGUUCUGACAAUAUAGCAUAUGGAGUGGCGUUUUCCCAGUCCUUUGUGGAUGUCCGAGAGAGAAGCAAAGGACAGUCCUCCAGCAGGGCCCUGAUGAACCUCCAUAACAAUGAAGCAGGAAGAAAGGCCAUCCUAAACCACAUGCGAGUAGAGUGUAAAUGCCACGGGGUAUCGGGUUCCUGUGAGGUGAAGACCUGUUGGAAGGCCAUGCCACCCUUCCGCAAAGUGGGCAACGUCAUCAAGGAGAAAUUUGACGGCGCCACAGAGGUAGAGCAGCGCAAAGUGGGCACGACCAAAGUGCUUGUUCCAAGAAACUCGCAGUUCAAGCCACACACGGAUGAGGACCUGGUUUACCUGGACCCCAGCCCAGACUUCUGCGACUACGACCCCAGGACACCGGGGAUGCUGGGAACAGCAGGCCGCUACUGCAACAAGACGUCGAAAGCCAUCGACGGCUGCGAGCUGAUGUGCUGCGGCCGAGGCUUCCACACGGAGGAGGUGGAGGUGGUGGACCGCUGCAGCUGCAAGUUUCACUGGUGCUGCUACGUCAAGUGCAAACAGUGCCGCAAGAUGGUAGAGAUGCACACGUGUCGGUGA